AUGGACGAAAACAACAAUCUCUUAACAAACUCGAAUAAGUUCGGUAGCUAUACGACAGACCACAGUCUCGAGCUGUCAACAUCUGAAAGAAAUAGGGAGUUAGCGACAAAUACAAGCAAAGAAUUGAUCAUAAUAAUUAAAUCAUCUUUGCCUCUUAUAGUCACUUUGUUGUUGCAGUACUCUUUGACAGUGUUUUCUAUAUUUUCCGUUGGAAAACUCGGAAAAAAGGAAUUAGCAUCUGUCUCUUUGGCAACAAUUACUUAUAACGUCACUGUGUCGAUAUUCAAUGGUAUGGCUACCAGCUUGGAUACAUACUGUGCUCAGGCACAUGGUGCAGGGAACUAUCCAAUGGUAAGCAUCUACUUUCAAAGAUGCAGCGCAAUGAUUUUAAUAACCUCAAUUCCGAUCAUUGCAUUUUGGUGUUUUAGUGCCUCUAUACUUAAAUAUGUGGUUCCUGAGAAAGAAUUACUUUUGUUAGCCCAACAAUAUUUAAGAUACUUAUCCCUUGGCACUCCAGGAUAUAUUAUGUUUGAAACAGGUAAGAGAUUUUUACAAUGCCAGGGUAUUUAUAGUGCUGGUCAAUACUGCUUAUUUUUGGUUGCACCACUCAACAUUGUACUCAAUUUGUUCUUGGUUUGGAAUAAAGAUCACGGACUUGGAUUUAUCGGUGCACCUAUUUCCAUAGUAAUAAGCUAUUGGAUGAUGAGUCUACUUUUACUAAUGUAUGUAGUAUUUAUUGACGGAAAAAAGUGCUGGUUUGGACUUAAACUAAAACUGGCAUUCAACGUGAAAGAGUGGACCUCUAUGUUUUCCCUUGCAUUGAAUGGUACAGCUAUGUUACUUUCAGAGUUCAUUGCUUUUGAGAUAUUAACAUUAUCAGCCUCAAGAUUUGGAACGACUGCGCUUGCAGCUCAGUCAAUUGCGUCUACAAUGGCUACGUUAUCUUUUCAAUUACCGUUUGGCGUCUCAAUCGCGCUCUCCACUAGAGUUGCGCAGCAUAUUGGACUGCAAAAUUUGCUAGCUGCAGUCAUAGCGAAUAAAGUAACUUACGCCCUUUCUGGUCUUUUAGGGUUAUCCAGUUGUUUGUUUUUAGUUAGUUGUCGCUAUUUUCUUGCAAGUUGCUUUACUAGUGAUUCUGAAGUCAUAAUAAUUGGGCUGCGCUUAAUUUCGAUUCUUGGAGUUAAUCAGUUAUAUGAUUGUCCUAAUGUGAUUCUCGCUGGGUGUUUGAGAGGACAAGGAAGACAAAAAAUCGGCUCAUUACUCAACUUGUUCGCAUAUUAUGUUGUUGCAGUUCCUUUAGCCCUAACUUUAGCUUUUUGUUUCAAAUUAACACUUGUUGGUCUCUGGGUAGGGAUUGGUGUGGGAAUAGUUACGUUGGCUGCUUGCGAAUUUUGGUUUGUCUAUCACUCAAAUUGGGAAGAAAUCCUUGAAAGGUCGAGACAGCGUAUUAGUGAAUAG